GAAGCAACGACUCCCCCACCACUCGCCGCGCCGGCACCACUUCCCCUUUCCCCCCAUCCACCCCAAAACGGCCGGCGGCCGCUCCUCACCGUCUCCCACCAUGACGCAGGAAGACGUGCCGGCGACGGUGAACUUCUGGGGCGACCACCCGGCCACGGAGGCGGAGUACUACGCGGCGCACGGCGCGGAGGGCGAGUCGUCCUACUUCACCGCCCCGGACGACGGCGCGGGCGCGCGCCGCCUCUUCACGCGCUCGUGGCGGCCGGCGGGGGGCACGCGGCCGAGGGCGCUCGUGUUCAUGGUCCACGGCUACGGCAACGACAUCAGCUGGACGUUCCAGUCCACGGCCGUCUUCCUGGCGCGCUCCGGCUUCGCCUGCUUCGCCGCCGACCUCCCGGGCCACGGCCGCUCGCACGGCCUCCGCGCCUUCGUCCCCAAACUCAACCCCGCGGUCGCCGACCUCCUCGCCUUCUUCCGCUCCGUCAGGCGGCGGGAGGAGCACGCCGGGCUCCCCUGCUUCCUCUUCGGGGAGUCCAUGGGCGGCGCCAUCUGCCUGCUCAUCCACCUCCGCACGCCGCCGGAGGAGUGGGCGGGGGCCGUGCUGGUCGCGCCCAUGUGCCGGAUCUCCGACCGGAUCCGCCCGCCCUGGCCGGUGCCCGAGAUCCUCACCUUCGUCGCGCGGUUCGCGCCCACGCUCCCCAUCGUGCCCACCGCCGACCUCAUCGAGAAGUCCGUCAAGGUGCCCGCCAAGCGCCUCGUCUCCGCGCGCAACCCCAUGCGCUACAACGGCCGGCCCAGGCUCGGCACCGUCGUCGAGCUGCUGCGCGCCACCGACGAGCUCGCCGCGCGCCUCGGCGAGGUCACCGUCCCCUUCCUCGUCGUGCACGGCAGCGCCGACGAGGUAACCGACCCCGCCGUCAGCCAAGCGCUCUACGAGGCCGCCGCCAGCAAGGACAAGACCAUCAACAUGUACGACGGGAUGCUCCACUCCAUGCUCUUCGGGGAGCCCGAGGAGAACAUCAACCGCGUCCGCGGCGACAUUAUAGCCUGGCUCAACGACAGAUGCACGCCGCCGGCGACUACCUGACACCAUAGGAUAGCAUUCUACUAUUGAGAUUGUGGGAGUACCAACACACCAAAAUUGUUUUCACUUUCAAGUGUACGAUGAUUCUUCUAUAUAUAUACUCCAUUUGAUAA